AAUCCAAACGUGCCCGUGAAUCAAAUAUGAAGAUUUCAUGAGGGAAAUAUGGUGAUUUAGGAUGGUUAAACAAAGUGGGUUGGCGCACUGAGGUGAUUCAGACCAUGAGGGGCGAAAUAUGAAUAAUGCAGGAAGAAGCAGACCGUUUUUUUCCUCCUUGGGACGGUCAGUGGUCACUCGCUUAAAUGUCAGUUUAAACUGGAAGUUAAAGUCGGCUUUGCGCAGACUUUUGUUUUCCUCAAAGGUUUUGUGGCGCGUCUUUUGACACUGACUUCUCAUCAUGGAAUUGGAACAUUUGGAGACAGAUGCUGUGAUGUCUCAGUGCGAUGCGCUCAGGCGCAGCUGGCAAACGCGCAAUCCCCAUCAGUGUUGAGGCAGCAAGAUCAGUUUGAUCAGGAAACCCCCAGCUUUAGGAAAGGUUCGAGGGCGCUGACGCACCUGUUGAUUUUUCUUCUCAUGAAAAUGCGCCUGUUCCACGCCUGCAUGUUGCGGAUUUAAAAAGCGCAGCGCGCUCCUCACUUCUUCUCCACCAUGUCGGAGGAACACUCAGAUUUGAACUCCACGGGCUAUUAUUUUGACAGUUCCUCCACGAGAGUCCAAAGCAGCUUGGUGUUCUCAGGACCCAUGUUUGUCCUUCUGAUGGUGAUGAUGGUGACUUUGGUUGUUGUCAUAGUUCUGGGGAAUGCGCUGGUCAUUUGGGCUUUCAAGGUGGACAAGAGUUUGAGGAGACAAUGCAAUUACUACUUUUUGAAUUUGGCCAUCUCAGAUUUUCUUGUGGGUGCAUUUUGCAUCCCAGUCUACAUCCCCUACAUCCUCACAGGCAGGUGGACGCUGGGUCGAGGGCUCUGCAAACUCUGGCUGGUUGUUGAUUACCUGCUUUGUUCAGCAUCCGUCUUCAGCAUUGUGCUCAUCAGCUACGAUCGCUUCCUCUCGGUCACCAGAGCAGUGAGUUAUCGUGCCAGGCAGAGCAUGACUCAUCAAGCUAUUAUCAAGAUGAUUGCCGUCUGGGUCCUUGCCUUUGUCCUGUAUGGCCCAGCGAUCAUUUUUUGGGAGCUGGUAGUGGGCAAAAGUCGUGUGCCAAAGGAUGAGUGCUUUGCAGAGUUCUAUUACUCCUGGUACUUCCUGCUGAGUGCUUCUAUGCUGGAGUUUUUCUCUCCUUUCAUCUCUGUGGCUUUCUUCAACCUCAGCAUUUACCUCAGCAUACGCAGGAGGAGACAACACCACAGGGAGGCCCAGCUUCAGCUUCAAGCCAACGAACCUGCUUCUGCCCAUGGGGAAAGUAACCCCCUAUCCCAGAACUGGGGGUUUGGGAUAAAACGGCCUUUAAGAGGUUCUUUCCACUCCCAGACCUCCUCUCCCUGUUUGGGUAAACCGGAUCCCUCACCCAGCAGGGCUGCUCAUCCGAGCCGUCUGUCCAGGGAUAAGAAAAUUGCUAAGUCUCUGGCUAUCAUAGUUUGUGUGUUUGCCAUCUGCUGGGCACCGUACACCCUACUGAUGAUCAUCCGUGCCGCCUGCCGAGGGCGAUGCAUCCAGCAUCACUGGUAUGAGGUCACCUUCUGGCUCCUGUGGCUCAACUCCGCUAUUAACCCAUUCCUGUACCCUUUGUGCCACAGUAGCUUUCGAAGGGCCUUCAGCAAGAUCCUCUGCCCAAACCGGCACACAACGCCACCUUCAUCUGUGCUCCGCUCAGGCCAGUGACCAGCAGAGACCUGUGGAUGGACGGUUAUAAGCAAUGUGCCACAGGCAGGGUAAAAAUAAGUCAAAUUUCAAAUCAAAAUCGACAAAAACAAAGCGGUGUGUCAUUGUUUGUCUUGUAGAACAUAGCUGAUAGUCCUCAGUGACAAAGACCUGUUUUGUUCUGCAAUCCAUGUUGUAAUUGAAUGACUUUUAAUUUAAGUUAUUCCAAAAUAGACAGAAAAUUAAAUUUUUGUACAUAGCAAGAGAAACAUAUGUACAUUUGUUCACUGUAUAAAUGGUUGUAGCAGUAACAAAGCAGAUAAUAUUAAGUGCAUUAUAAUUUAUGUGUAUUCAGAUAUAUAUUCAUUGGAAGUGAUGCUAUCUUUGCAUCAUGAUGACUUCAUGUCCAUCCCUUUUAUCAGAAUGUCAUGCUGCCUUCAUCUUUGAGGAAGUGCAGUGAAAUAAAAACACAAAGUGCCAUUACUUUGAAACUCACGAAAGAAGAUGUGCAAAAACGUUUUUCUGUCUCAUUUUUUGACUGUUUAUUUAUAGUAUUGCAUUGAUGCUAACACUCAGUAAAAGUAUUGUUCCUCAUCAAAUACAUGCAUUUUGUGCCAGACGGAGUCAAAAGUAAAUAAACAUUUUGUCACCUUAAAUCUUCUAAAUGGUGGUCAUCAUGAAGCACAGCUUUCUCAAAUCGAUCAUUUUUGACAGAGGAGUUGCGGUUUACAUAUUUUUGGAAUGUUGCCUGUUCAUGAACAACAUCAAAUAUUUAUUACCUGGGACAAACAGGUGAAUGUACCUUCUUGUACCACUAGAUGUCACCGUUAACCUUUGUGGUUUUUUGUGUUGCUGUGCCUGAUACAUGGUUUUCAUUCGACCAUUUUUCUGUGAAAUACUUUAUUUUGUUUUCUUUGUCGUGUUAUAAUAUUGUUUAUCAAAUCCAGGGUAUUGAUGGUGCUCAUUUAACUGAUGUUUUUGUUCCAUGUUUAUGUAUUUGGUUAGAAUGGUUUACUGAGUGUUGCAAACAGUUUUCAGUCGGUGAAAUCAUCCUAAAGGCUUGGAAUUUGUGAAAAAACAAUAUAAGUUUUAACAGAGGAAAUAUGUCAAAUACUGAUUAUUGUUUGGUUUAAAGGGACUUUAAUACAAAGAUUUGUGUUUUACUGUCAAUAACAACUGAGUGUCGUCACUUCUUUGUGUGUUGUGUGCUCUGGAAAACACGAAUCUGAAACCAAUUUUGCAACAUUCCUCUGUCUGUCUGUCUUUAUUUGCUACAAUUAAAUUAGUUAUUAGCAGAUUUAGACUUGUUAGAUCUGCAAUUAUACUAUC